GGCACACGAGGCAGCGGAACACCUUCGGGGGCGGGCCGUCUUCCGGGGGCGGCGGGCUGGGCAGGCUGUCGGACAAGGAGCCCAGGAGCUGACUCGGAGGCAGGUCCCUUCCUCUUGCUGCUGCAAGGCUCUAAUGAAUGCCAGGCACUCCCACACAAGUUCUCACUCUCAGCUCAGAACAGCGCCAGGGAAGCAACGUCAAGCCACCGACCCAGGGACCCUGCACAUCAGACUCAGGCCCCAGCCCCGAACGUGUACAGCUCCCAGCAAAGCAGCAAGUUGUGCCUCUGUGGGUCUCAAGGUAACACCGGCUGCUCUGACAUCAUGGAGGGAGGAACCCUGUCAGGUUGCCAAGGCAACACCAGCAAUUUAUGACAUCAGAGGCUUGAGGUCUUUGGUUCUCAGGGGGUUAGAAAGAUUCAAGUUCCUGUCAGCUAAAGUAAAUGGGAAUUCUACUUUUUCCUCUCUUUGCUGGUGUCCCCCUGGCUUGGGAAUGAAGAGCAAAGGCCUCUGGUGGGGUAGUGAGGGUCCAUUCGCUAAUGGAACGAAUGCUUGUGAGGUCUCUUUCCCUCUCUCUUCACCAGUAUCUCUGCUCUCUGCCUCUCCUUUGGCAUCUCUCUCUUGGGGGGCUUCACCCAGUGGUAUUUCUGCUAUGCCUUUUUCCAAAUCCCCCCUCCUGCAGCGCUCUCUUUGCACCAGUCCCGCUGUGUCCCUCUCACACCAGAGGCAUUUGUUUCCUUUGAUACCUCAUUCUCUCCUUUCUUCCUCCUCCCAAGCUCUGUGCAGCUCUGAUCUGCUUCAGCACUCCUCCAUUUGCCUUCCAUUUACCUUCUUUGUACCAUAUUCUUUUUCCACCUCAUCUUAUUCUUCAAUUCCUCCCUUCCCCCACUUUACAUUGUAUUCACUGCGUGUUGCCUUUUCUGUUGACCUCCUCUUUAGGAAUACUCUAUCAUUUCUGUCCAUCUUCUGUGUCGCUCUAAACUCGUGCUUUAUUUCAUUCUCCCAAUUUUUCAUUAAUCACCCCUCGGUUCCAUCCCUGCCCCCAUUCUGCAUGGAUUUUCUUCCCUUCCUUUUGCACAUUCCUCACGUCAUGCAUUUCUCUACCCCAUACAUUUAUUGCACACAGCCUCUCCUUCCUUUCUGGAACACAGUUCUCCUCUGA